ACACUCAUUUUAUUUAGUAACGGAUUUUAAAAUGUGCAAUUCUCUAUAAACUGUGUACAUUUCUCAAAGUGAUACUUUUGUGAGACCAUUGCGAAAUUGUUCGGUCAAAACGUUGCAAGCUUGGGAGCAAGUGUGACACUUUAGUUUUGUCCACAUUUUGUGCGAAGGAAAACUAAUAAUAAGCUGUAGAUUUAAUUACAAGACAUCGAAGACAAUACUUUACUUUAGGACACAUUUUCGCUCAAGAGAAUUUCAAAUGACCUAAAAUAACACAACAACAAUUUAGAUUAAAACAAGACUUCAAAAGAAAUGAUCUUCUCCAAGCAAGUAGGGCUACAUCGUCAUCUACAAAUGUGUGUUCGCGCCCUUUCUUCCUUAAGGUAUAAAGAUCUUCAGAUUACGCUCACCAAAACACCCACUCGCACAUCAGGUGACGAUCAUUUGAAAUUUGGGGCUCAUAUUUCUGACCACAUGCUUGAAGUUGACUGGACUGCUGAACAUGGAUGGGAUAUCCCACAAAUCAAACCUGUCAGCCCCCUACACAUACACCCAGCAGCCAAAGUUCUGCACUAUGCUUCUGAGAUUUUUGAGGGCUUGAAGGCCUAUAGAUGUGUUGAUGGCAAGGUCAGGUUGUUUCGACCCAGAGAGCACCUAAGACGUAUGUCUGCUACAGCUGAACGUGCUUGCUUACCAGCUUUUGACCAGAGUGAGUUUUUAAAAUGUAUCCAAAAAUUAAUCAGCGUUGAUCAGGAGUGGGUUCCAGAUAGCAAAAACCAAUCCCUCUAUGUGAGGCCAACACUGAUUGGAACAGAGCCAACUUUAGGUGUCUCCGCUUCCAACAAGGCCAAACUUUUUGUUAUCACAACUCCAGUUGGCUCAUACUUUGCUGGUGGUUUGAAACCAUUCAGUCUUUUGGCUGACCCAAAGUACGUCAGAGCCUGGACAGGUGGUUGCGGUGGUUACAAGAUGGGAAGCAACUAUGCUCCAACUGUUGCUGUUCAGAAGAAUGCCUUGGAGAAAUAUGGCUGCCAGCAGGUGUUGUGGUUGUUCGGGGAUGAUCAUCAGAUGACUGAAAUUGGAACCAUGAACCUUUUUAUUUACUGGGUCAAUGAACAAGGAGAGAAAGAGCUUCUGACACCAAGUCUCGAGUCUGGACUUAUCCUUCCAGGCAUCACUCGCAAAUCUGUCUUGGAACUCUCCCGCCAAUGGAAAGAGUUUUAUGUCACCGAAGGAAAUAUUACAAUGAAAACUUUCAUUAAGGCUUGGAACGACGGACGUAUAAUGGAAGUGUUUGGUUCCGGUACUGCGUCCAUUGUUCUACCAGUCCAAGAAAUUUGUUACCUCGAUCAGAAGUUCAAUAUACCAACAGACACAGACACUAGUCUGACUCAGAGGCUAUUUAACGAGAUUACAAGCAUCCAUUACUAUAGCAAGCCGCACCAUUGGAUGGAAACACUAGAUCCUGAGGAGGAAGAAAAGACUGCUGGAUGUGGGUAAAGAUUUCUCUUGCCGACUAUUUGUAGACAAGAGCGGCAACAUGUGGUUGAUGCUAACAAUAAAUACAUUAUGACAUAUUUUUGUUACUUUCCUUUGAGUUUCAAAGGUUUUUUUUACAAGGGGGUUUUAAGAUAACAAUGGAUUUGAAACACGGUUUAACUUAACUAACGAUACCAACGUUGAUUCCACCAGAAUGUGGUAAAUAAUUACGGAGAUAAAGAGUUAAUGUAAGGCACACAUGCAGACGAUAAUGAGAGUAUGAGAGUACAUGCUGAUCAUUUUACUUUACGAUAUUGACUGACAUAUAUACCUAACAAUUAGAAAUGAUAUCAAUAUGCCAGUUACUAUUAUUUUAAGAUUUCCACUGAAGUCAUUGAACUAAAUAAAAUGACAAAGAUAAUGUACAGCUCAUUGUUGGGUGCGCGGAUUGGUGAAAUGUCUUUAAACUGAGGACUUCAAUUUUCCAUUGCAUUUUAAAUAUUGAUUUAGAAAGCCUACUAAAAAGAAGGAAUCAAAUGUAAUUAUGUCUAAAGAGUAGAUUUAAAUCACCCACAAAGUUAUAGAUCUUAAAGAGGCCAAUCAAUUACUAAUGAGAACAUACAAUUCAUUAAAGAUAUAUGUAUAUGUGUACAUUAGAUUUUUUUUAAAUUAUGUGAAAUAAAACAUGUUUGUAACA